AUGGAGGCGCCCUCGGGCUGCACCAUCGCCCGGAAAGGGAAUCAGGGGCAGCACAGGCCCCUGAGCUGCAGCAACCCCAAAGUGCGGCGAGGGACAAGCGCCCAGCCGGGGCCCGAACUGCGCGCUCGCUCCAGACUCACCACCCGCCAGCGGCAGCAGCAACCGGAACCGGAACUCGGCUCGGCCACCUCCACUGAGCGCUGCGGGGAGGGGGAGCAAGGAGUGGGCCAGACUCUACGCCAGAAAGCACCGGGAGAGGGCGAGGCAUACACGGCAGGACCCUGGUGGGGAGGGUCGUUUCCCGUUAGAGGAGCGUCCAUUCCUGACCACCGAGGGGCGGCGGCCACUGGCCCCUGCCGCAGGACCGUACCAUCCUGGGCCGCCGGGGUGCGCGCGCGUGCCCGGGCAGCCUGGGAGCUGGAGUCGGGGUUCCCAGGCGUCCGGAGCCAGUCCCUUCUGUGCACAUAUUCCUACUGGGCCGGAGGUCUGGCGAGCCCCGCUUUGCCGCGCCCUCCCGGCUUCCCGCGGGCUGCCGCGACCUCCGCCACCCCUCCCGCUGACAGUCCACGGCGCACAAAAUGGGCUUUCGAGAACGGCUAAGAG